AAAUAAAAAAUACGUUCAUUCUUAGAACCUAAGUACCAAAAAGCAUGUUACUGAAUGCUUUGUAAUCCUGUAUAUAAAGGUUGAUUUUCUGCGAAGUACUUUCAAAGUGUUGAUGCCAUGAAUCAUGAUGAGAAUAGUAAUGCAACGCGUGCUUUGCUCCAAACUGAGCAAGGUGUGGUCUGCGAUGACUUGCAAGGAGCAUGGCGGUUCCAGGAAACAAAACCAUGGAAUCUUCACCAGCAAUGGUGCCAAUGGUUUUACAAGAUCUGUAUCAAGUGGAAAAACACAUGAAUACCUCACUGUGUGUGUGGAGGGAAAUAUUGGAAGUGGAAAGACUGCAAUGUUAAACUAUUUCCAACAAGAUUCAGACAUUGAGGUUGUUGAUGAGCCAGUAAAGCUAUGGAGAAAUAUCCCUGGAUUCAACGGCCAAGUUCAUAAUGGACUGGAUCUGUUGUACCGCGAUCCGUCGCGCUGGGGACUCACGUUUCAGACAUACGUGCAGCUCACCAUGUUGGACAUUCACAUACGGCCUCAUGAAAAGCCAAUUCGCAUGAUGGAGAGGUCGAUAUUCAGUGCCAAGUACUGCUUUGUAGAAAACCUCUACAGAAGUUCUUAUCUGCCUGAAAUUGAAUACUGCGUUCUUUCCCAGUGGUUUGACUGGAUUUUUAAAACUCAGAAUAUCAAAGUUGAUCUCAUAGUUUAUUUACAGACCAAACCUGAAAUUGUUUCUGAUAGAAUUAAAAACCGAGACAGAAAAGAAGAAAGAGGAAUUCCACUGGAAUAUCUACAAACACUGUUUGAAUUUCACGAGGAAUGGCUUGUACAUAAGCAAAUUCCCUCUGCCUGCACCUGUUUUGCCUAUUGA